UGUAGUUCCCUUCAGCCAGCUGAACACCAACUCAAAGACAGAUGUAUGUAUGUAAAUGCUUAUUGAAUGAAUGGAUAAAUACGAUAUGGAUUUGUCAAAACCGUACUUAUGUUUGUUUACAAAAUUGCCCUCUAGGUAAAACCAGAUAACAUGUAAGUCCUAUAAAAAUCAGGAUAUCCCAUAUAUGUUUGCUGCUUUAAUAAAAAAUAAUCAGUUUGGGAAACUGUCCCAUAGAUUUAUUUUAAAAAAUGAAUUGUGCUUCCACCAAAUUAAGGUUUUCCAUUUGUUACCUUUUCAGGCUAGAAACUUGAUAUUGAAAAAAACAUAAGUUUGUGUUUUAAGAAAUCAGACCCACUGGUUGCCUGGAACAAACUGAAUAACUUGUAUUGUUAAUAAAUUGAUGGUCAAUUGAGUCAUUUAUGGGCAAAAUGUUGUGCAAGGCCUGGGUACAGAACAAAGAAUAAUAAGACACGCCCUGAAGGAGUACAUCUUCUAGUUGGGGGGACAGACCAAGCUUGCAAAACAAAUUACAGUAUAAUGUGAUAAGUUCUUUAAAAGAGGUAAGAGCAACGUGAUUUGGGGCACAGAAGAGGGAAGUAGCCGUGUCCUGCCUGGAUGAGCCAGGGUAUCCACAAGGGAAGUCCAUUAUCAUUUUCAGUCUUUACAGCCAUCUUGCAAGGUUCCUUGGCUGUGAAAAUACAUGAGAUAAAUCAUGAAGGCCACCAUCAUCUUCCUCCUGCUUGUGCAAGUUUCCUGGGCUGGGCCAUUCCAACAGAGAGGCUUAUUUGACUUUAUGCUAGAAGAUGAGGCUUCUGGGAUAGGCCCGGAAGAGGGCGCUCCUGUGGAGUCUGACCUAGAGCCUCUGGGACCUGUGUGUCCCUUCCGCUGUCAGUGUCACCUGCGAGUUGUCCAGUGUUCUGAUCUGGGUCUGGAAAAAGUGCCAAAAGAUCUUCCCCCUGACACUACGCUGCUUGACUUGCAAAACAACAAAAUAACCGAAAUCAAAGAUGGGGACUUCAAGAACCUGAAGAACCUUCAUACGUUGAUUCUUGUCAACAACAAAAUUAGCAAAAUCAGCCCUGGAGCAUUCACACCUUUGUUGAAAUUGGAACGACUUUAUCUAUCCAAGAAUCAUCUGAAGGAAUUGCCAGAAAAAAUGCCCAAAACUCUUCAGGAGCUGCGUGCCCAUGAGAAUGAGAUCACCAAAGUGCGGAAAGCUGUGUUCAAUGGACUGAACCAGAUGAUCGUCAUAGAACUGGGCACCAACCCACUGAAGAGCUCGGGAAUUGAAAAUGGAGCCUUCCAGGGAAUGAAGAAGCUGUCCUAUAUCCGCAUUGCUGACACCAAUAUAACCACCAUCCCUCAAGGUCUUCCUCCUUCCCUUACUGAAUUACAUCUGGAAGGCAACAAAAUCACCAAAGUUGAUGCAUCCAGCCUGAAAGGACUGAAUAAUCUGGCUAAGUUGGGGCUGAGUUUUAACAGCAUUUCUGCCAUUGACAAUGGCACGCUAGCCAACACUCCUCAUCUGAGGGAGCUUCACCUGGACAACAAUAAGUUGAUCAAAGUACCUGGUGGGCUUGCGGAACAUAAGUACAUCCAGGUUGUCUACCUUCAUAACAACAAUAUCUCUGCAGUUGGGUCUAACGACUUCUGCCCACCUGGAUACAACACCAAAAAGGCCUCUUAUUCAGGUGUGAGCCUUUUCAGCAACCCAGUCCAGUACUGGGAGAUCCAGCCAUCCACCUUCCGAUGUGUCUAUGUGCGUUCUGCCAUCCAGCUUGGAAAUUAUAAAUAAUUCCCAAGAAAGCCCUCAUUUUUAUAACCUGGCAGAAAUCCCAUUAAUAUCAUUGCUCAAAAAAGAAAAAAAAAGAAAGCUAGAUACUGGAAACUUAACUGCAAUGUGGAUCUUUUUCCCACAUGAUUUGUAAUACAUAAAGCUGAAUAUGCAGUUGAAAUAAUUGCCUACAAUAAAAAAAUAUUUUGCCUGCCAUUUUCAGAAUUCUUUUUUGAAGCUUUCUGUUGAUGUUAACUGAGCUAUUGCAGAUACUCUUAUUCCCUUAAACUUAAAAUUUGGAGUAAAUAUAUAUAUAUAUGUCAACAAUUUAGUAAAGCUUUUCGUAUUUAAUUCUUAGAAGGAUUCAAAUAAAAAAGUGUCCAUCUUCGGUAGCUCAUAGGGUGUUAGACCCUUUGACAUAAAGUCAAACUUCAAGUUCUGUCUAGCUCUGUGUUAAUCCCCGUUAUUAUUGGUAAAGCCUCAUUUGAAUAUGUAAAUUCAAUAAGGCUAUGUAAAAUUUUUGCUUAUGUCAUCAUUUUGAAAAAAAUAAAUUUACAAAUACAUUCAAAA